AUGGUGGGUGAAGGUGGUGGUGAAAGAGAUGAAGGUGAUAGUGGAAGUGGUUGUGGUGGUGACGAAGCUAGAGGUGGUGGUUGUGGUAGUCAUGGUGGUGGAGAUGGUGGUUGUAGAGGUGAAGGUGGUAGUGGUGGCGGCGGCAUGGUGGUGUUAGUGGAGGUGGAUGUGGUGGAGGAGAAGGAGCAUGUGGUGGUGCUGGCGAUGGCAUUUGGUGGUGGUGGUGGAGAUGGUGGAGUUGCAUGUGGAGGUGGAGGUAAUGUCACUUUAAAAAAAUUAUGA